CAGAAACAUUUGACGCACUUCUCAUGAUGAUCCAGUACACGACCUGGGCGACUGCCCUGUUUGCUGGCCUGGCUGUGGCUCAGUCGUACCCUCCAGAUGCGGUCGAUCAGUUGGCGACCGACAGUCUGCCAAAGCUGAAGGAAUGGCUCGCAAAGAACCCCCAGGACGGUUGUACUUUUGAAACGGCCGUCAGACGGAGGGAAUGGAGCGACUUGACUGUCGAGGAACGCAAGGAAUACACGGAUGCCGUGCUGUGCCUUCAGUCGAAGCCCGCCUUGACCAGCGCGGCAGCACCAGGCGCAAAGAGCAGGUUUGAUGAUUAUGUUGUCGUCCACAUUCAGCAAACGCCGAGGAAUCACGGUUCGUACUGGAACUGGGAUCGCUACGCCAAGGACCCCGUUAACUCGCCGCUUUUCGACGGCACCGAAGGAAGCAUGGGGAGCAAUGGCGCAAAGGAAGCACACCAAGGCAUUACCAUACCCGGUGCCGGCACUAUCCCACCCGCGGAUGGUGGCGGUUGCGUCACAGAGGGUCCGUUUAAGAACAUGACCGUCAACCUCGGCCCGAUAGCCCCCAGCCUCCAGAUCAAGCGCAACCCCCAGGCCGACGGGCUCGGCCACAACCCACGGUGCCUGCGGCGGGACGUCAACAAACACGCGGCGGCCGUGACGACAGCCAACUACACGCACGAGCUGAUCACGACCAACCAGGAGGUGUUCUGGUUCCAGACCGUCAUGGAGGGCCAGUUCCCGCAGGGCAAGUGGGGAGUGCACGCGGGCGGCCACUACACGGUCUCGGGCGACCCGGCCGGCGACUUCUACGUCAGCCCCGGCGACCCGGCCUUCUGGCUGCACCACUCCAUGAUCGACCGCGUCUGGUGGAUCUGGCAGAUGCAGGACCUCGAGAAGCGGCUGACCGAGGUGAGCAUGACGCGCACCAUGAACAACAUGCCGCCGAGCGCGAACGGCACGCUGGAUGAUCUGAGUGGGUUGGGCGUGUUGGCGGAGGAUGUGGAGGUGCGGGAACUCAUGAGCACCAUGGGUGGGUUGAGUGGAAAGUUCUGUUACAUUUACGAAUAA